AGAAACGGACCUGUUUUUUUUUUUUUUUAAUAAGAGAAAGGGAGCGUAUAAAUAGCAAAGCCCAUUAUCCUUCAUUUUCUCCCUUCCCCUCUUUCACAAUCUUUUCCUGAUUUUUCGUAUAUUCUCCCCUAAACUUUUUAGGGUUUUCGAGAAAGUAAAAGAAAAACAAAAUCUCCCUCUUCACUGAUCCCUGAGAUUCUGUUUCUUUGAGGAGAAAAAAUCUGCAUUCUCCAGAGAUUUUCUCUUCUGGGUUCUUUUGUGUUUCCACCUCGUUUCAAUCAGGGUUUAUAGUUGAAAGCUCAAGACCAGCCUAAGAACAUCUUCCGUGGUGAAGAUUUAGAGACGAUGAGUGUUCACUGUUAAUGGACCACCGUUCACCAACAAGCAGUGACAAGAAAACAUUGAAGAAGUGUUUUUUUUUUCAUUGACAAAACAGUUGGAUAAAAAACACAAGAACAAGUGCUUUAGAAUAAGAUCUCUUAUUUGAAAACAUUUUGGGUUCUUGGAGUAGGAUGGAUACUGACCCUGAAUCACCAACCAACAAACCAAGACUCGGAUCAUCAUUCCCUUCAGGAAGAUUCAUGAUGAAGACAAGGAAGAAGAUCCCUAAGCUCGACGACGUCAGAUCCAACGGUUGGUUGGAAGCAAUGAUUUCCUCUUCCCCACCACGUAAGAGGCUAGUCAAGGAUUUCAACGUCGAGGUUGCUCCUGAAGAUGACUUUGCUCAACGGGCUUGGAUGCUCAAGUAUCCAUCAGCUAUUACCUCCUUUGGUCACAUUGCAGCUCAAGCAAAGGACAAGAAGAUAGCUAUGUUCCUUGAUUACGAUGGAACUCUUUCCCCAAUAGUGGAUGACCCUGACCGUGCCAUCAUGUCUGACGCUAUGCGUGCUGCUGUUAAAGACGUCGCCAAGUACUUCCCAACAGCAAUAAUUAGUGGUAGAAGCCGUGACAAGGUUUACGAAUUGGUAGGACUAACCGAACUCUAUUACGCCGGUAGUCAUGGGAUGGACAUAAUGACUCCUGCUAAUGUUAAUGGCUCCCCUGAAGACACCAACUCUGACCAACAGGGUGAAGAGGUAAACCUCUUUCAGCCAGCAAAAGAGUUCAUACCAGUCAUCGAAGAGGUUUUUAGAUCACUCGUGGAGCUAACUAAAGGCAUCAAAGGUGCAAAAGUGGAGAACCACAAGUUCUGCGCCUCAGUGCAUUACCGUAACGUUGACGAGAAUGACUGGCCACUCGUUGCUCAACGUGUUCAUGACCACUUGAAACAAUACGCUCGUCUGCGUCUAACUCACGGCAGAAAGGUUUUAGAGGUUCGUCCUGUGAUCGAAUGGAACAAAGGAAAAGCAGUUGAGUUUCUGCUGGAAUCUCUCGGAUUAAGCAACAACGAUGAUUUUCUCCCAAUCUUCAUAGGAGAUGACAAGACUGAUGAGGAUGCAUUCAAGGUACUAAGGGAGAAGAAGCAAGGAUUUGGAAUCUUGGUAUCAUCUGUACCAAAAGAAAGCAAUGCGUUCUACUCUCUUAGAGACCCCUCAGAGGUGAAGAAGUUUCUCAAGACUUUGGUGAAAUGGAGAAAGAUGGAAGACUCUACAAGUCAAUGA